UAUAACAAGUAAGAGCUCAAACUUGAUCGGAUCACAAGGGAGCUUACGAGGCGGUUCGGAUAUUUUAAUCGUUUUGUUCUGAUAAGAUUUGUAUUCGACGUACGUAUGGCUCUAAGCAAGAAGCCUGCGAUGCUGAAGCAAAUACUGAAGAGGUGUUCGAGCCUCGGAAAGAGCGGCGCUAAAGAUGUGCCCAAGGGGCAUUUUGCGGUGUACGUUGGUGAGAGCAGAAGAAGGUUUAUCGUGCCCAUUUCAUUUCUGGCCCGGGCUGAGUUCCAAAGCCUUUUGAGACAGGCCGAGGAGGAGUUUGGGUUCGAUCAUGAUAUGGGCCUCACGAUUCCUUGCGAAGAGUUCGUGUUUAGGUCUCUAACAUCGAUGCUUAGGUGAAUAUUGGGCUCGAGGCUUUGGUUUUUUUUUUUUCCUUUUUUUUUUCUUUUUGGUGGGGGGAUGAGGUACGGAGGGAGUGAAGGUGACGAAACUUAGGAGGAUUUUUCUGUAAUUUAACCUUUUUCCCCUCCGGUUCUGGAUCCUGAGAUGAUUUUGUAAAUUGUUUUAGAGCAGGUUGCGCGCUGUUCUGCGUGAUGACUAAUUUGAUUAAUGAAGGGGAUAUUAUUACUUUUAAUGAA